UAACAAUUGUACCACACGCGGUUGCGGUGAAGAAUUUUUUAUACUUACAGAUUACUGUAUAAAACAACUAUUUAGCAAAGCAAACAAAGCCAACGAAAUGAAACAAUGAAAUAAUCCAACGUUGUUGUGAAAUCAAACGAACGCAGAUGUAUGCUCACCAACUACCAUGAUACUUUUUAUAUGGUUGUUCUGGAUUGUAACACCUGUUAGUGGAAAAUCAGGAACGUUUUGUCGAUGUGAAACGUAUUCCUUCGAUGGAAAACCUUUUGUUGCCAUAUGGAACUCACCAACUAUAGGAUGCGAUUUUAACUUCAGCAUACCUAUUCAAUUGCGAAAAUAUGGAAUCUAUGAAAAUGAGCAUCAAACUUGGAACGGAAACCGAGUGACUGUAUUUUCUUCUGCACAACUUGGUUUGUAUCCUUAUUAUGUGCUUAAUGGUGAUAAAAACUAUAAUGGAGGAUUACCUCAGUUAGUAGAUAUGAAUGAACAUCUUCGAAAAGCACGACUUGAUAUUAUUAACAGAAUACCCGAUGAAAGUUUUAAUGGAUUAGCUGUUAUAGAUUGGGAACCAUGGAGACCAGUUUGGGAGACUAAUUGGGCAACAAAACGCAUUUAUAAAGUACGUUCUGUUGAAUUAGUGAGAAGCAAACAUCCACAUUGGACACUCAGCAAGCUUAUUGAAAAAGCGAAACAAGAUUUUGAAGAAGCAGCUAAAAACUUUUUUAUAAACACCAUAAAUCUUGGCAAGCAACUGCGACCCAAAGCAUUAUGGGGUUUUUAUGGAUUUCCAGACUGCUUUGCUCAUGAAGAAAACCACUACCAAUGUUCUUCUGAGGUUCAAAAAUUUAAUGAUCGCUUGGAUUGGUUAUUCCAAUCAAGUACUGCAUUGUUUCCAUCUAUGUAUCUUCUUGAUGAACAUCCGGAUAACAGAGAUUAUGUUUUAGGAAGGUUGCGUGAAACAUUAAGAUUUGCAUCAAAGGGAGUUGGAAAAAAUAGCAGAAAUAUUCCAAUUUUUGCGUACCACAGAAAUAUUUAUGAAAACAAUCCUUUGGCUUUCAAUUUUCUGACUAAGGCAGAUUUAGAUAACACAGUUGGUUUGGCUGCUGAUAUUGGAGCAUCUGGAAUAAUUGUAUGGGGUAAUCGAUUUGAUGAAAAUACAUCACCUGAAGUUUGCCAUAAGAUUGACACAUAUAUUGCAACAAAACUUGGUCCCUAUAUCCAAAAUAAGCAAAGACAAGUAGAAAGUUGCAACAAUUUGAAGUGCAAUCGUCGUGGCCAAUGUGUAAAAAGUUCAUUACUGACAACUGAGCUUUUAAAAGACUUUGAAAUUGAAGAAAGAAAAGAGUCUUGCCAAUCUCCAAUGACUUUGCUUCCUAUCGGUAAAAAAGACCAAGUUCCACACAAAUACAAUAUGGUUGAAGUACUUCAGAAAAUGAAUGACUUACAUGGAAUAAGUAAUAUAAACAACACACAUAUACAAACCUUAUUAAAUAAACAUACUUCGUUAAUACAACUGAGUAGUGAUUCACACACAAACAAAUAUAACAAAAUAAUACAAAAUGAUAUAAGACUAAACAGUGCUUUAUCGAGAAAGAAAGAUAUAAGCCCCAUUUUUAAGAAGUCUAAUAACCAUACUGCUUUACCCCUGAAAAUUAGCGUUAAAAGAUUUUUUACACCUGAAAUCAUUACACACAAACCAAUGAAACAAACGGAAAAACAAAAUCGUAAAAGUUUAACAUCUUAUAUUGAUUUAGGAGUUCAACAUAACGAAAGUAACUCGAACGUUGACGAGUUUUUCUCCCAAGUGAAUGUCACUAAGCAUAACAACACUUCAAAUAAUCUAAAUAAUCAAUCAAUAGAAGCAAGUUUUAAAAAAGCUGAGAUAACUAAUGUCAAUAGCAGUUUCUCAAAAGAGAUUUCUUCUACCAACUUGAUUGCAAAGAACAUUUCUUUAAAAAGUAACUUAUCACUUGCAAACCAAAGUUAUUCAAUAAAAGCAUUAAAGAAAAGCGAACAAUUUAAAAUUACUAAAGGAAAAUAUAAGGAUCAUAAAAAAUCAGAAAUACCCCGUGUUGACUUUCAAGCUACAUCUCAACUGCUUAAUUACAGCAUGCUUUCAAAUGAAAAAAAGUCAAAAUUAAUUCACCAGCUUUUGGCAGCUGUUUCGGGCUCGCUUAUUCAAGCUCCUGAUUAUUUACAUAAAAAAAACUCUUCAAGAGAAGAAUUAAAUCGAAAAUCAGACAUAUCACAUUUGUCUCACGCCAAGUUCAUGACAACAUCAAAAAAUAGUUCAAAAUCUUGGUUACCUCAUAUGUACAUGAUUCUAAUAGGAGUUUCUAUCGGAGGAGCUCUGCUGUUUUCUCUUGUAUUCGUUGCUGUAUAUUAUUAUAUUAGUUUUCGCAAAACGUUUCCGUCCAUAAUAAACGAGAAUGAAUACGAUACAUUUUCAAGAGAUCGUAAAUCACCAGCUUCCAUGCCUCCAAAAGGCCACUCAAGUCCAAAGACUAAAGAAGAUAAGGAUAAACACGAUGAUAAACCUUUAAGCGAUCAGAAAACAAUGCAGCGAAACAUGGAAUUGAGUUUAGACUCAAAUAGCUUUUCUCCAAAGCAGUCAAAUUUAAAGAAUUCAUUUAAACAUUCAAGAGAAUCUCAUCGUAGAAGACGAAGUGCUGAUAAAAGAGAAUCCGAACGACCCCACGCAUUUAGCUCAAGUUAUCCGGAUGAAAAAAUUAAAAGAUCUCGAUCCAAAGAACGAGGUUCAACUUAUGAAAACAUACACAGCAAAGACGAUAUAAAUGAAAAUAGUUACAACCGAGUUGGCAGAGAAAAACGUCGCUCUUCUCACUCAGAACUUAAGCGCUCUAAGAGUCGAAGAGAAAAAAUCAGUAGAACGAAAGAUGGACCUGAAAUAGAAAUAAAUGUUAACGAUUUGAGGUGAAAAUAGUUAUAUAUGAGGAUUUCUUAAAAUUGAAACAACAAUUAGCAAAAUUAUUUUUAAAUUUAACGACGUCAUGCAAUAUUUAAAAACAACAUAUUUUGUAAAUAAAUGUAAAUUAAUUAUUUUUUUUGUACAAUAAUUAACUUUGCUGUCACACCAUAA